CCAGGAAGGUGGAUGCCUUUCUGUUUCGUGCCUCCGCGUUGGAAGAAAAACAGAAAUGUUGACGAGCCAGUCCGUUGUGUGCUUAUAAGAGCGUGCCGGCAGCUCUUUCGCUUUAAAACUUAACCUUCCAGUGCCAUGUAGAGUCCGGAUCGCAUAAAAUGGGGAACUUUAAAGUGCCCCUCCCGAAAAUCUCCCGGUGCAACCAUUCUCCCGAAUUCCACCCGGACAACAAUAAAGGGGGCGUGCCUUAAAGGCACUGCCUUUAGCGUCCCCUACAACGUCAAGUCUGUUUUUCCUCCUCACAAACAGCGUACCGGCCCAGUCACGUAAUAUAUGUGGCUUCUACACACAUGAGGAAUGCCAGUUCCUGAGCAGAGCCCAGUGAUGGAGGAGGGGCUUCUGCUGACCACCCGUAGUCAUACAACCGGCCGAGGCAUGGAGCCGAACAACACGGCCAACAAUAUACUGGCCUCCGUGAAAGAACAGGAGCUCCAGUUUGAGCGGCUAACUCGGGAGCUGGAGGUGGAGAGGCAGAUUGUGGCCAAUCAGUUGGAAAGAUGCCGACUCGGGGCAGAGUCGCCGGGUGCCGGAAGCAGCAGCUCGUCUGAGAAGUCCCUGCCUUGGAGAACUGCAGAUGCUCCCGCCUCAGGGGACCACAAGUCACGGAUGACUGACAGCUCGCAGUCUCCUAGCUACCGCAUCAGGAUGGAGUCAGAGCAGGUGUCUCAGUACUCCCCGGAGCUGUCCACCCCCCAUGAAAGGAAUUCACGCUCGAACCUGAUGAAUUCGUAUUCAGACAGCGGCUACCAGGAUGCCCCAGGUGGCUACAACGCGAGCCAGAAUGUGGUGAAGUCCGACCUGAGGAUGCAGCAUUCCUUUCCCGGUGCGGGCACGAGCACGCCAAUUAGGAGUACCAGGGCAGAGGGGCAGACGUCUUCCCAGGACCCAGCUGCGAGUGCAGCAGUGCCUGGCCGUGCGAUGCGGAGAGUCAGCUCAGUGCCUUCUCGCUCUCACUCUCCAGCUCCCGUCAGCGGCAUCUCCCCCUCCCGCGGCUCCCUGCGUGCCUCAGCUGGCAGUGCCUACGUCUCCCCUAUUACCGCCGAACCCAAACCCCUCUCCAGCAUCUUCUCCACCACCUUGCCCGCCGCUCAGCGCGCCGGCGGCUCACCUCUCUCCACCCAAAAAAACUCCCCCGCCGCUCUGCGCCGCGUGGGUUCGGCAAACUCCCGAGCGGGCAGCACCUGCCGUACCACCUCGCCCUACCAGGCCUCCGUGGCGUCGUCGUCGGGCCGCAUGGGCUCGCCUCUGUCGCUGGCAGACAACUCCAAGCAGCCCAGUCGCUCGUCUCCCGUCAGAGCAAGUAUGGUCGCCGUUCCCCAGCACUACAGCUCCACCCUGCCCCGCUCCACCAUCCACAACACUGACCCCUACAGGACGCAGAUGUACGACCUUUACGAGAGGAGCACGCGACCAGACAGCCUUGCAGAUGCUCUGGUGGAUAAUGACCUUCAAGGGAUGCAGAACACCUACGCCAGUCAGCAGGGCCAGCUGGGCCCGGGUUUAAGGUCCAACGUUUCCCCAGAGCGUCACAUCGCACCGAUCUUUGAGGACCGCAUGUUCCAGAGCCCGCUGUACUGCAGCCCCAGCCACACUCGCCAGGGGACCAUCUGCAGGAGUGCUUCAGGUGUGGGGAGUCUGCAGCGGACGUCCAGUCAGCGCAGCGCCAUGACUUACCAAAGAAACAACCCGGCUGUCAACACGGCGGCCACCUACGCCGAUCCGUAUCGCUCAGCGCAGUAUCGGCCCUGCGACUCCAACUACGGUCGGCAGGCUGCUAACAUGGACGACAACACCCGCUCGCCCUCCAUAGACAGCAUGCAGAAGGAUCCCAGGGAGUUUGCAUGGCGUGACCCCGAGCUGACGGAGGUGAUUCACAUGCUGCAGCACCACUUCCCCUCCGUGCAGGCCAAUGCCGCCGCCUACCUGCAGCACCUUUGCUUCGGCGACAACGCAAUCAAGGCCGACGUGUGUCGGCUCGGUGGCGUCAAACACCUGGUCGACCUGCUGGACCACAAAGUCCUGGAGGUCCAGAGGAACUCGUGUGGAGCUCUGAGGAACCUCGUUUACGGUAAAGCCAUGGACGACAACAAGAUCGCGCUGAGGAACGCGGGAGGCAUCCCGGCUCUGCUUCGACUACUGAGAAGGACCGUGGAUGCGGAUGUCCGGGAGCUCAUCACAGGGGUGCUGUGGAACCUGUCGUCGUGCGACGCCGUCAAGAUGACAAUUAUUCACGACGCCUUGACCAGCCUGACCAACACUGUGAUCAUCCCCCAUUCGGGCUGGAGCAGCUCCACCUUCCAAGAGGACCACAAGCUGAAAUUCCACUCAUCGCUGGUGCUGAGGAAUACCACAGGUUGUUUCAGGAACCUGAGCUCAGCUGGCGAGGAGGCUAGAAAACAGAUGCGCACCUGUGAGGGUCUGGUUGACUCACUCCUCUACGUCAUCAAAGCCUGCGUAAACACCUCAGACUUCGACAGCAAGAUAGUGGAGAACUGCAUCUGCACCCUAAGGAACCUGUCUUAUCGCUUGGAGCUGGAGCUGCCGCCGUCCCGACUGCUGGGGGUGCAGGAGGUGGACGGCCUCCUGGGCGGCGAGUCGCCCUGUAAAGACCUGACCUCCAGCUGCUGGGGCAAGAAGAAGAAGAAGAAGAAGAAGAAGAACUCCCAAGAAGACACUGUAAGUGUGCAGACAAAAGACAUGUGGAUAUGUCUUUUAAAUAGCCGGUGGUUGUUUCCUCAGUGGGACGGUGUGGGGCCCAUCCCCGGCUUCUCCAAGUCGCCCACAGGGGCUGAGAUGCUGUGGCACCCUGCUGUGGUCAAGCCUUACUUGACUCUCCUCGCCGAGAGCUCCAACCCCUCGACACUGGAGGGCGCCGCUGGGUCACUUCAGAACCUUUCCGCAGGCAACUGGAAGUUUGCAGCCUACAUCCGUGCCGCGGUGCGUAAGGAGAAAGGACUGCCCAUCCUGGUGGAGUUGCUGCGGAUGGACAACGACCGGGUGGUGUGUUCGGUGGCCACGGCGCUGAGAAACAUGGCCCUCGACGUCCGGAACAAAGAGCUCAUAGGGAAAUACGCCAUGAGAGACCUGGUCAACCGGCUCCCCGGCGGAAACACCAGCUCGCUGUCGGACGAGACGGUGGCGGCCAUCUGUUGCACCCUGCACGAGGUCACCAGCAGGAACAUGGAGAACGCCAAGGCCCUGGCGGACACGGGCGGCAUCGAGAAGCUGGUCAACAUCACCAAGGGCAGAGGAGACAGGUUCUCUCUGAAGGUGGUCAAGGCGGCGGCUCAGGUGCUGAACACACUGUGGCAAUAUCGAGAUCUACGGGCCAUCUAUAAGAAAGAUGGAUGGACACAAAACCACUUCCUCACUCCUGUCUCGACGCUCGAACGAGACCGGUUCAAGUCCCAGCCCACCCUCCCCACGGGCGGUGUUCAGAUGUCCCCUCUCAACCAUCCUGCCGCCAGCGCCAUGUCGUCUCCCGCCCUGCUGGGCGUGAGAGACCACAGGGACGCGGUCAGGGAUUACCAGAGGGCACCGUCGACUAUGCAAUUUUAUAACUACCAGGUGGACAACAGUAUUCACAAAAGUCAGUACACAGGGUCUGGAAAACCGUCUCCGUAUUACUACCCAUCACCCACGCGGGAGGAGCCCAGGAGAACACAGCCGCUGUAUUAUGCAGACGAGGUGGGCAGGAGGAACUACGAGCCGUACAGGAUGUACGUGCAGCACGGGUACGACGACCCCUACAUGGACGAGGUGAUCACGUACCCGCCCGCCGUGGACUACAUUUCCCAGCCUCGCGGACUGAAGACCGGUACCAACUACGUGGACAUUUACGCCAGCACGCGGGGACCCUCCUACCGGGCCGAGCAGUAUCCCGGCUCCCCGGACUCAUGGGUCUAAAACUUCUGAAAGAACAGUUAACAUGAAGUGUGUGUGUAAGUGUGUGUGUGUGUGUGUGUGUGUGUGUGUGUGUGUGUGUAGUACGGGAGUUGGCCUGGCAGAGGGAACCACGGAAUGUGUGCUCAUAGAAGGAAAUUAGGAACGUUCUUAAACUAGUUAGAGGAGGAAAAAAAGAAAAAAAAUCCCAAGUGAGAGACAAAACUGGACACGAUUGCCAGUCCUGCUUUGUUUAGAUGUCAGCUUGGAUUAUUUUGUAGCUUGUGCUAGUGCGGCGAGGGUGUGAGUCAUGUGAUGAGAGGAUCCGCGCGACGAGUCAAAGAUGGAGAUUGUGUACGUGCUGAAGCCAAAAUAGAAAAAAAAAUCAAAUGAAAUAAAAAAAAUAAUGAUAAUACGAAAUCAAAGUAUGCGGUGAAGAUGUACAGAAAGAUGAAAGUGUACUUCCUGUUGUCUUGUAAAUAGAGAAGAAAUGUCACGUGACCUGGUUUACAUUCUUCUGCACUGCUAAAGCGUUGACUAUGUGCCAUACUAAAGCUCCAGAGAUAUAUAAAUAUGAAGAAUACGGUGGUAUCAUAUCAGUCAUGAUCAUAUAAUAAAAAGGACACUUUUGUUUUUUAAA